UUUUAUUUCUUUGCAAUAUUAUCAACCCUUUCUAACUUCUACCGACUCUUUUUACUACUACUCCUAAAUCCUUAUCCAUAUUUUACUCUUACUCUAUCUCUCUGUCUGAGCUGUUAAUAAGUACAGAUUUUUGUCCAUUGCUGUAGCUUCCUACCUGUGAACCUUCCACCAGUGGCCUUGAGACUUACACAUAAAUUAUGCUUUUGGGCUCCUUCUCCAGCGUGCGUUUAUUGGAUAUUCUCAAGUUUCUGGAUUUGUAGCACUAGAAAUUUUCGCCUUUGUGGAUCUGGGUUUGUACUGGUGUAGUAGGAUGGGCAGCUCAGAAGAGAAGGUUGUUGCUGUGAUCAUGGUGGGUGGACCCACUAAAGGUACUAGAUUUCGGCCACUGUCACUGAAUAUUCCAAAGCCGCUUUUCCCUUUAGCUGGACAGCCAAUGGUUCAUCAUCCGAUUUCUGCUUGUAAAAGGAUUCCUAACCUCGGGCAGAUUUUUCUCAUUGGUUUCUAUGACGAACGUGAAUUCGCAUUGUAUGUAUCCUCAAUCUCCAAUGAGCUUAAGGUCCCCGUUAGAUAUUUGAGGGAAGACAAGCCGCAUGGUUCAGCUGGUGGACUUUAUAACUUCAGAGAUCUGAUCAUGGAAGACAGCCCGUCGCACAUUUUCUUGUUGAAUUGUGAUGUUUGCUGCAGUUUUCCACUUCCAGAAAUGCUUGAGGCUCACAGAAAAUUUGGUGGUAUGGGAACGCUCCUUGUGAUCAAGGUUUCUGCUGAAUCGGCCAAUCAGUUUGGGGAACUGGUAGCUGAUCCCGUCACCAAUGAACUGUUGCAUUACACGGAGAAGCCUGAGACUUUUGUCAGUGACCGGAUAAAUUGUGGUGUGUACAUAUUUACACCAGACAUUUUUAAUGCCAUCGAGGGUGUUUCCACUCAGUGGAAGGACAGAGCUGAUUUAAGACGUCUAUCCAGCUUUGAAUCCCUUCAUUCAGCAACAAGGAAUGCUCCCACACAUUUUGUAAGGUUGGAUCAAGACAUCCUGUCACCUCUUGCGGGGAAGAAGCAGUUAUACACAUAUGAAACCUUGGACUUCUGGGAACAGAUCAAAACUCCUGGAAUGUCCUUGAAAUGUUCUGGGUUAUAUCUUUCACAAUUUCGAUUCACCACCCCCCAUCUCUUGGUGAGUGGGGAUGGUACAAAGAGUGCCAGUAUUAUUGGUGAUGUUUAUGUUCAUCCAUCAGCAAAAAUACAUCCAAGUGCAAAGAUUGGUCCCAAUGUCUCAAUAUCUGCAAAUGCUCGUAUAGGAGCUGGGGUGAGGCUCAUAAGCUGUAUCAUCCUCGACAAUGUCGAAAUUAAGGACAACGCAGUUGUUAUUCAUGCAAUUGUUGGAUGGAAAUCGUCUAUUGGGAGAUGGUCUCGUGUCCAGGCUAGUGGGAAUUACAAUUCAAAGCUGGGGAUCACGAUCCUUGGUGAAGCAGUGACGGUUGAAGAUGAAGUGGUGGUUAUUAACAGCGUUGUCCUCCCUCACAAGACUCUCAAUGUCAGUGUUCAAGAAGAAAUAAUUCUUUGAUAAAGCAGAGGGACCAAACCCACACCCAACAACAUUACACUCUCUCUCUCUCUCUCUCACUCAUCUUCAUAUGACUUUCAUUGCUUAUUUAGUGUCAUCGCUGUGAUUCCUAUUGCUUUAUUGUUCACUUGUAAAUUAACUUCCUGCUAAAUAUAUAUAUAUGUGUGUUAAUACUA